UGUGUGUCUCUCCGACAGCGGUGCCCAGCGGAGGAAUAUUCCGGCUUUUUAUUUACUCUGCAGCUUGUUGUUCGUUUUUCUCUGCGUUAUGGUGAACUUGGACGGUCACGUGUGAAGAAGAUCUCUGCAAACACAGAGCGCGAGGACUUCUCACCUGGCGUGUUGUCCCCCCCCCCUUUGACUUUACCCGCGAGGAAAAUAAAGGCUACCUGCCGGGGUUGUUUGUGAUAGCUGACAUCGCUGGACUUCUUCUUCUUCUGCUCCUGUGACGGACAACCACAGCAAGUUCUCUCCCUUAGGGAUGAAAUAUGCACACUCUGUGCCCGUAGAAAAAAGCAGACGCCCCACACUGUAAAGUCCAAAGUGGUUUUAAAUCAUGAUGAUGCAGGAGUCGGCCACAGAGACAAUAAGCAACAGUUCAAUGAGUCAAAAUGGAAUGAGCACCCUAAGCAGCAGCCAAUUAGAGGCUGGCAGUAGAGAUGGGAGAUCAAGCGCUGGUGACACGAGCAGCGAAGUAAGCACAGUCGAGCUGCUGCAUCUGCAACAACAGCAGGCCCUACAAGCAGCGAGGCAAUUACUCUUGCAGCAGCCAGGCAGUGGCCUGAAAUCUCCAAAGAGCCAGGACAAGCAACGUCCACUGCAGGUUCCAGUGUCAGUGGCCAUGAUGAGUCCCCAGGUGAUCACGCCGCAACAGAUGCAGCAGAUCCUCCAGCAGCAGGUGCUCUCCCCCCAGCAGCUCCAGGCUCUGCUCCAACAGCAGCAGGCUGUAAUGCUGCAGCAGCAACACCUGCAGGAGUUUUAUAAGAAACAACAGGAGCAGCUUCAUCUGCAGCUUCUCCAGCAGCAGCACCCUGGCAAGCAGGCUAAAGAGAGGAGAAGGCAACAACACCGUGGUACACAACAGCAGCAGCAGCAGCAGCUGGCCGCCCAGCAGCUCGUCUUCCAGCAGCAGCUCCUGCAGAUGCAGCAGCUCCAGCAGCAGCAGCACCUGCUCAACAUGCAGCGGCAGGGCCUGCUCUCGCUGCCCGGGCCCGCACCCGGCCAGGCCGCCCUGCCCGGACAGACCCUGCCCCAGCAAGCCGGCCUGAGCCCUGCAGAGCUCCAGCAGUUGUGGAAGGACGUGACCGGAGGCGGCGGUCACGCCAUGGAGGACAACGGCAUCAAACACAGCAACAGUGGCACUGGCAACGGCGGGGGUGGCGGCGGUUUAGACCUCUCCACCAACAACUCUUCCUCAACUACCUCCUCCUCCAAUUCCGCCAAAGCAUCGCCGCCCAUCUCCCACCAUUCCAUUGCCAAUGGACAGUCCCCGGCCCUCAACCACAGAAGAGACAGUUCACUACAUGAAGAAAGUGGAGGGACCCACCCCCUGUACGGUCACGGUGUUUGUAAGUGGCCCGGCUGUGAGAACAUCUGCGAGGACUUCGGACAGUUUUUGAAGCAUUUAAACAGUGAACAUGCCCUCGAUGAUCGGAGCACAGCCCAGUGUAGAGUCCAAAUGCAAGUCGUACAGCAGCUGGAAAUACAACUUUCUAAAGAACGUGAGCGUCUUCAGGCGAUGAUGGCCCACUUGCACAUGCGGCCCUCGGAACCCAAGUCAUCUCCCAAACCACUCAACUUGGUGUCCAGCGUCACCAUGUCCAAGAACUUGCCCUCAGCGUCGCCCCCCAACUUACCUCAGACACCCACCACGCCCACAGCACCGAUCACACCCAUGGCCGCCAUGCCCCAGGUGCCAUCAGUACUGGGAGGAGCAAACGUCCCCAGUAUGGGAGCCAUGCGCAGACGCCACUCGGACAAAUACUCCAUGCCUCUGUCGUCAGAGAUUGCCCCAAACUACGAGUUUUAUAAGAACGCAGAUGUCAGACCGCCAUUUACUUAUGCAACCCUCAUAAGACAGGCUAUCAUGGACUCUGCCGACAUGCAGUUAACGCUUAAUGAAAUCUACAGCUGGUUCACACGCACGUUCGCCUACUUCAGACGCAAUGCUGCAACUUGGAAGAACGCUGUUCGCCACAACCUCAGUCUGCACAAGUGCUUUGUGCGUGUGGAGAACGUGAAGGGGGCGGUGUGGACGGUAGACGAGAUGGAGUACCAGAAACGCAGGUCGCAGAAGAUCACAGGGAGCCCAUCACUUGUCAAGAACCUGCCCUCCAGUCUUGGCUAUGGAUCUGCACUAAACGCCAGCUUACAGGCUGCCCUGGCUGAGACCUCCCUGCCCUUGCUGGGGACCCCCGGCCUCAUGAACAGCGGCUCCACCGGCCUGUUGCACUCUGCCCAUGAGGGUUACAACGGCUCACUCGACCACCUGGACACCAACGGACACAGCAGCCCCGGAUACUCCCCACCAGUACACAUGCCACCCAUUCACGUGAAGGAGGAGCCACUCAACAUGGAUGAAGAUGACUGUCCGAUGUCACUGGUGACGACAGCCAAUCACAGUCCAGAGCUGGACGAUGACCGGGAGCUGGAGGAAGGGAACUUAUCAGAGGACCUCGAGUGACUAGGAUACAGUUUUUGGUCAUCAUGUCCCUUCACCCAGCCGCACUGUUUCUCUCACAUAGACCUCCUGCAAGACUAGAAACCACUCCACAGUCCAAGCAACCACAGCUGACUCUCUCUUCGUCUCUCUCACCACUGGGACUAUUUAUUGAGCAUGCAUCCGGAUGGAGUCCGUUCCAAAGGAACUCUUUGUUGCAGCCCUCUGGGAUCCCCACACAUGACAGGCAUAAGAUGUCUGAUUAGAAGAAUUAACUCUUUUGAGACCUAUUUCAUUAGACAAGGCGUGGCCACACACAGUACAAGGAUGAUGGACUCAUGGAUUGGGGAAAAAACAUGACACAAAUGAGCAAAAUCAUGUUCCGUUGAAAGCUAGCGGCCUCAUAUACUGCCAAAAAGGAAGACGUUUUAUGUUUGUGAAUAAUCCAACCCCCAGUAGUUGUUCAUGUCUAGAGACAAUUGCUGGUUCAAUUCAAGUUGUUGCUCUGUUAUCAUUUGCACAGGAGUAGUCUCAGAUAUUUGUGUCACUGCCUGUAUGUUGCUACUAUAAUGAAAACCAGUAUAUUAUUUUUAGCUUCUUUUUUUUUUUUUUUACCAUUGUUAAUUUCAAAAUCUGAUUUUAGACACCACCAACUGUAAAUGCCAUUCCCUGAAUCACACCAGUAAUGGAAUUGCGGUACCAAGACUGUUGUUGCAGCUGUCCAGAAAAAAAGUGGAAAAAAAAUAAGAAAAAAAAGUUGGCUUCCAGUCUAUUAUCUGUUUGUGAUUAAAAGUUAAAAAAAAAAAAAAAAAAAACUGGAAAUUAAGUUGGGAAAAAUAGUAGUUUGUAUAAAGCACCAUUAACAAAACAAAAGCAUUUCCGCAUAAUUUUCUUCUUGCUGUUCUCCUUACCUCCUCGUUCUAAAGCUUUGUCUACCUGCAAACAGUCACAGGCAACAGCUAGAAACCAAAGCCAACACUAGCAAUGGCCAAUAGCUUAUAGACAGAAGCCACCAAACUCCUCUUGGUCCGUCUUCUGUGACUUUAAACUAGUACAAAGAGAAGCUUUCGUUCCGCAAACUACCUUCGAAUAACCUCUGGGAUUGUUUCAUUUAGCCCUAUACAAAGAUGAUCACGAGAAAGAGAGGAGGGGGAAGUAAAUGCUGAUUUUGAUGUGUAAUUUGAUAGCUCAUUGAACGUCCACUUUGGAGAUUUUCUGCCAGACGUACUGUAGGUAAAAGGUAAUGUGAUAUUUGAACUGCAGGCAUUUUUGUGAUUUGACUGGUAGAGAGCAGCUAACUGUAAAAGUGGAU